GCGGCUUCCCCUCCGCGGCCCGUGGCCGGCUGCAAGCACCUUCCCGCGGGCACAGCUGCGGGGCCGGCGGCGGCUGCAGGAAGGAGGGAAGAUCGCGGAGCCUGCUUUUGGUGGGGCGCCCCCGGGACGGCCCGGCGCGGAGGGCUCGAGGUGGCGGGGCCCGGGGAGGCCACGAUGAAGCCGAGCGGCGUGGACGUGGACGGGGACGAGGCGACGCCCGGCGCGGGCCCCUGGAAGGAGUGCUUCGAGGCGGCGGUGCAGCUGGCGCUGCGGGCGGGACAGAUCAUCAGAAAAGCACUUUCCGAGGAAAAACGUGUCUCCACCAAAACAACUGCUGCAGAUCUCGUGACAGAAACCGAUCACCUUGUUGAAGACUUAAUUAUUUCUGAGUUGCAGAAUAAGUUUCCUACACACAGGUUCAUUGCAGAAGAGGCUGUGGCCACUGGGGCCAAAUGCGUCCUCACUCCCAGCCCCACCUGGAUUGUAGACCCCAUCGAUGGCACCUGCAACUUUGUGCACAGGUUCCCAACUGUGGCAGUGAGCAUCGGAUUUGCAGUGAACCAAGAGCUUGAAUUUGGAGUGAUUUACCACUGCACUGAGGAGCGGCUGUACACGGGCCAGAGGGGCCAAGGGGCCUUCUGUAAUGGCCAGCGACUCCAGGUGUCCAGGGAGACAGAUCUCUCAAAGGCCCUGAUUUUAACAGAAAUUGGUCCCAAGCGUGACCCUACGACUCUGAAACUGUUCCUGAGCAACAUGGAACGGUUACUCCAUGCCAAAGCUCACGGGGUCCGCGUGAUUGGCAGCUCCACCUUGGCGCUCUGCCUUCUGGCCUCGGGAGCUGCUGAUGCCUAUUACCAGUUUGGUCUGCACUGCUGGGACCUGGCUGCUGCCACCGUCAUCAUCAGAGAAGCAGGUGGCAUCGUGAUAGACACUUCAGGUGGACCCCUGGACCUCAUGUCCUGCAGAGUGGUGGCAGCUGGCACCCAGGAAUUGGCUUCACUCAUAGCUCAGGCACUGCAGACAAUUAACUAUGGGCGAGACGACGAUCAGUGACAAAGAACAGGACCAGGAUGAAAAGAACAGAUCACCCAGAACUGAGGGGCUUUCCUAGGCCCACAGGAGGUGCCAUGGCCCCCCUCACUAUAGUACAGUACAGAGCAUUCAUAUGUGCCGCUCCACAAAAUGUGGCUGCUUCCUCCUGGAUUUGCUCUCUAUAAUCUCACCCAAAUCUCACCUGAUAUUUGGACUAUGUGAUCUCAGUCUACAUACGAACAUACACACAAAAGCACACAUAUGCACGCGCACACACACACACACACACACACACACACACAUAUAUGCACCUCCUUACCCAACAAGGUAACUCUCAGGUAAUAUCGCUUUAGAACUGCUGAGGAAGCGGACUUGUUCUCAGGCCCUCCCCAAGGUACUUCCAAUGCAAUAAAUCAGAGCAACAAUC